AUGGGUGCCCUUAGACUAUUCUUCAUCUCAGAGAAUCAAUCAUCGAACACGGUCGAAGUACUCAAUGAACGCCUUCUCCGAACCUGCGACCCAGAGCCCCUAGGCUCGUGGACGCUCGAUCAUCGACUGCUGCGCAGCACCCCAAGCUCCAUAGAUUUCCAGGGUCCGUGGCGCUAUCAGCAUCUACUACGUCUCGGGCACGACCCCAGCAAGACAUUCGUUCAUGUAGCGGACCCUUCGAACACAGAAGAUCCAGCCAGAAACGCAACCAUUGCGAUUCCUUUUGAUCAACAGAGCGCCUUCGCUAACUUACUCACCUCCAAAUAUGCGGCUUUGUGGACGCCCAAGCAAACCGUUCAAGUCCAGAACGGCCACGCGUACGCUGUGGGAGAAUUCAUCAUUCGGCUAGGCGAGCUCAGACUUGUCGGCGUGCAGCAGCGCCAUUUAGGAGUUAUCGUCAGCAUUCAGGAGACUGUCGCUCCAGACAAUGAUGAGCCGAAAGAGAAUGGAGAGCUCGCUGGACCGCGCGCUGAUCCGGACCCGGAUCAACUGAAUGGGGAGGGGUUACGCCAGGUCCAAGACGACAUCGAGGACUUAUGGAAGCAGUUUGGCAUAUCGAGCGCAAAAGAGCUCUCCAAUGAGCGUCCGGACGGGAGCCGAGGGGGCCUAUUUGAAGACAUCAGGUUAUGGUGUGAACUUCUGCGCCUGCGGGGAUAG